GUUAUCUUUAUCACCCAGGUGAGAUUUCGAUGGAGAAAGUGAAGGUAAAACGUUAUGUGUCGGGAAAGAGGCCAGACUAUGCCCCUAUGGAGUCCUCAGAUGAGGAGGAUGAAGAAUUUCAGUUCAUCAAGAAAGCCAAAGAACAAGAAGCAGAGCCUGAGGAACAGGAGGAGGAUUCAUCCAGUGACCCUCGACUGCGGCGUUUGCAGAACCGUAUUAGUGAAGAUGUGGAAGAGAGAUUGGCUCGACAUCGGAAAAUAGUGGAACCUGAAGUGGUAGGAGAAAGUGACUCAGAAGUGGAAGGAGAUGCGUGGCGCAUGGAACGAGAAGAUAGCAGUGAAGAAGAAGAGGAAGAAAUUGAUGAUGAGGAAAUAGAGCGGCGCCGUGGCAUGAUGCGUCAGCGAGCACAGGAGAGAAAAAAUGAAGAGAUGGAAGUCAUGGAGGUGGAAGAUGAGGGACGUUCUGGGGAAGAGUCAGAAUCAGAAUCUGAGUAUGAAGAAUACACAGACAGUGAAGAUGAGAUGGAGCCUCGCCUUAAACCUGUCUUCAUUCGAAAGAAGGACCGAGUAACAGUUCAAGAACGUGAGGCUGAAGCAUUGAAACAGAAGGAGCUGGAGCAGGAAGCAAAACGCAUGGCUGAAGAGAGGCGCAAGUAUACACUCAAGAUUGUAGAAGAGGAGACCAAGAAAGAGCUGGAGGAGAACAAGCGAUCCCUGGCUGCACUGGAUGCUCUCAAUACUGAUGAUGAAAAUGAUGAGGAAGAAUAUGAGGCAUGGAAAGUCCGGGAGCUAAAGAGAAUCAAGAGGGACAGAGAAGAUCGAGAAGCGCUUGAGAAGGAGAAGGCAGAAAUUGAACGAAUGCGAAACCUGACUGAGGAAGAGAGGCGAGCUGAGCUUCGGGCAAAUGGCAAAGUCAUUACCAACAAAGCUGUUAAGGGCAAAUAUAAGUUCUUACAGAAGUAUUAUCACCGGGGUGCCUUCUUCAUGGUAAGUGAAAAGGGAAUGAGCUGUAGAAGUAACUCAGAACUUUUGAGUUCUUUUCUCCCCCCAAGUAUAAACUGUCCUAGGAUGUUACUUCUACUUGCCAAUGAUCAGUUUUCUCAUUUGCUUUUUGCCUCUGAAGAUAUAAACCCAAUAGGAAAAAGCACUGGCAACAGGAUUUUACCAGUAGCAGCAACUGUUCUCUCUUUUGGCCCCAGCUAUCAGGAGGAAAUGGUGUAA